UCGGGUUCUCUCAGAAAAAAACAAGGAGAUUCCAACAGGGCUGUCUGAAACUGUGAACAUCACAGUUAUCUGGGAGCUGGAGUCUUCGGGCCUCUGGUGGCAGUGGAUUAGAAAGCCUACUGCUCGGGAAAACACAAAGGAAACGUACACUUCCAAACAUAAAUUGAACUUCAACUGUUCGCAGGGUUAGACACCUCAAACCGCUCGGACAGAGGUGAAGCUCUCUUGCACAAUGUCUCUUGAUGUUGUCCCCUCGCUGCUGCUCUUUCUCUUUGUAUUUGGGGCGUCCCACGCCUGCCUGCAGGACCGCGCUGAAGCCUACAGGUUCACGGGAGCUGUGUGCCGCCUGACCUACCCUGCUGCUGUUGUUUUGAACGAGAAAACAACCAAAGUGAUUGAGGCAGCGUUCCAACAUGCCAGAUAUCCCAGUGUGAAGGGAGAGAAGUCCCUGUUCCUUAUAGGCACAGUCAUAUAUGGCCUGGAAAAUUUGGAGAUUCACAACCUGUCGAUUGGUCAGAGUGCAUUUCAACUGUAUCCAGGGGAAGGGAUCUCCAUGGAAAUAACAAAUGUGUCGGCAGUCUUUAAAGGGAGAAUCCAGUAUGGAUACGGCAGCUGGCUUGUCAGCGUUGAACAUUCAAUUGACUUUGAAGUCGAAUCUCAGAUUGAUCUCGGAAUCAACCCCAAACUCUACUGUGCAGAGGGGAAGGUGGCAGCAGACACAUCGGACUGUUUUCUUAAUUUUCACAAACUCAGUCUGCAUCUGCAGGGCGACAAAGAACCCAACUGGCUGAAGAAGCUCUUCACUGACUUCAUCAUCUUCACUGUCAAACUGGUAGUAAAGGGACAGAUUUGUAAGGAGAUCAACAAGGUGGCAAAUAUACUGGCAGACUUCAUACAAGAGAGAGCAGAGCAGUUCCUCAGUGAUGGAGACAUCAGUAUGGACAUUGGUGUAGCUGCUGCCCCUGUCAUCACUGCAAACUACAUAGAGUCCUACCACAAGGGGCUGUCCAUCUACAAAAACGUUUCUGCUGUCAUCAAUGAGUCUGUGUUCCACCCCAGUCAGCUGACUGAACACAAGAUGCUCUACUUCUGGAUCUCAGACCAGAUUCUGAACCCCAUGUUUACUGCUGCACACCAUGAUGCCCGAUUCCAGCUCAACAUCUCUGGAGCAGAGCUCAGUGAGCUUUUCAAGACCAAUCUCUCCAGUACCAUGCCUGAAUAUUUCAGAAAGUGUCUGCUGGAAUCAGGCUCUCCACAGCUCAGAGUGUGGAGUUCAUCUGUUCCCUACCUCCACACCUCCACCUUGGAUACGAAUGUCCGGGGGACGGCCUCCGCUCAGCUGCACUGUGGGGGGGGCGGGGGCUCCAACUCUCUUCUUCCAAGCGGAAGUGGAUAUGGACAUCACUGUUUCCUAUGCUGACAAGAAAGUGUUCCUGCAGAGUAACCGAUCGGAGAUCUACGUUCUACAGGCUGAGUUUUCCUCAGAAAACCAACCGCAUCUGGAUCAGGCACAACUGGAUUUUGUCAGAGAAGCUGUGGAGAAAAUAGGAAUUCCC